AUGCGUGUCGCAUAUCAUUUCUACCUGCUCUUCUUGCCCCUCGUUAUCAUUAGCCAGCACGACAUCUCCUCAAACAACGCGGAUGAGAAGCUAAUGUUCGAGAACAAUGAGGCUGCGGAAGCCGCCAUGCAAGAGCGCGAGACAAAGUGGUCAGGAGUAAAGGACGACGACACCAUUCCCAAGAACGAUGAGGAGCGCCGCUAUUGGGUCACCCGCCUCCUUCUCGCCAUGAAAAACCGCAUCAAUGUGAUGGAUCGAAAUCCGAAAAAGCGCUGGCACCCAGAGAGGGGCUUUCACUACCCCGCAGAUCAGAUGGAGAGCGUGUGCUGGAGAGCUGUCGACGCUGCUGAGCAUCUACAUAAAUGCGGCUUGAACAGCUUCCCCAUCUACGACCAGGUGGUGAUUGGAAAGAUCCUCUGCGAGCAAAACCUCACGUUUGUGCAGCGCAUGCGCGCAUUGAUCAAGCUGUUGUAUUUCUUCAAGUCGCGAUGCGAUGCUUUCAUGAAGGGCGUGGGCAACGAGGACACUAUCGCCAACCCGCAGUAUAAGCUGAAACAGUCGGUCGAGAACCGCCUGCUGAAUGAUGCCCGCGCCAUUGAAAAGGCUACGAAUCGAGAGAUGCGUGGCAUAGUCACCAAGAAAGGGCGCACGAACAAGACUCCGGCUAUGGUUGUUGAAGAAGGCCACGAGGACGUGGAGGUGGGAGAUGGAGAUACCGAGACUGAUAGCAACGCCCAGAAUUCAGGUGCCCACUUGAUCGCAUCUCGCAAGCGUUCUCCUACACCUGACAACUGUAUGUCUCUAUCAAGCCAUGCCGAGGAUGUUGAUGUUCAUCAAUCCCUUCGUUCAUAUGCCACCAAGUCACCCGAAAAUGCUAUUCAAACAACGUCUGAUCGGGACAACAUCGUCGCCAAUGACAACGCGAGCGAAAAUUCACUCAACGAGUCAAUGAUGCUAUCAGAAGAUGACUGGGACCCGUACGCGAUUGACGACGUCGACAACACACACGCAACUGCACCCCAUCCAGCUCUUAAUAACACCACCUCCGUUGACAACAAGCGCAAUGUAUCUCCUGGAGCCCCAGAUUUGGUUGCAAAGCGUCCGUGCAACUGUACCAAACAGAAGUAA